GUGUAAUUGAAUCAUGAGUCCACAUACACAGACAAUGGCAAAGUCCACCAAGUCGUCAAUGUUAGUGCUACUGAUGCUGAUAUCAGGAUGUAUUGGUGAGGGGUUGCAGGUGAUCACAGUCACUAAGGGAGAAGAAGCCGUCCUCCCCUGUACUCUGAGAACUCCCAGAUCACAACAGAGCUGCUUUCAUGCCAGAUGGAUGAAACAGACCCUUGGUAGUUCUCCGACCACAUUCUCUGUGGUCCCAGAUUCAGAACGAGAUGGGAAAGCCUUGAACUUCAAUGGAAACCUGACUCUGAAGGAUGCAGAUGAGCCUCAAGAAGGAGACUAUACCUGCCAAGUCUGUGAAGGAUUUUCUUGUGAUUUGACAACAAACCUCACUCUGAAAUUGAGAGAUUGCAAAGUGCUGGAAAGUGUGAAGGUGCUCCAAUUUUCCACAGCUACUUUGCCUUGUCCAUUUUACACAAGAGGAAACAUCACCUGGUCAGAGAUUAAAGGAGAGACAAUUAAACCAAUCCUUGAGUCCUCAAGUUUAAGUACGGAGUCCAGUCUGAACUCUGCAACAGCUGCAAAUGGAAAAAGGAGGUUCCGGAACAUCACAGCAGGGGAUGCAUCAUUAGUCAUAACCUCUGAGGAGGCUUCUAAUAUGUGGUUCAGAUGUACUGUCUAUGAAGGGCAAAACAAGAAAUGCUCCGAAGUGAAUCUGCAAGUGAAACCAGAAAAGGACAAACCGAACACUUCGACUUUAUCAACACUGACAACAAUGGUGACCACAGCACAAGCUCCACGCACCUUUGCAGCCACAUCAAAUGAAACUGUCGUGAGUGUGCAGACUGAGUCGAGCAGUUGGGUUGUAACUCUUGUGGUCUCAAGUGUUACCCUCAUCCCCACCAUUGCACUAAUUGUGGGACUGUACCGCAGAUGGAAGACCACUAGACACACAGCAGUUACCUCAACAUGGGCAAACCACCACUACGAAUGUGUAGAAGUCCCAAUUUCAGUGGUCAAUGAAGAGCAUACAUCUCUGCCGACUGACCAAGAGGAGAGCCUAUGUACCUUUAUAUACGAGUGAAAAGGAUGAACUGCACUUCUGCUUUUCUUUGACAUGUUACGAUGAGUGUUCCAAGACUUUCUUUCCAAAGUGUAAUCUCAAGUGUAGAAAGUGUGCCAAUGUGUAUUUCUUUCUAAAAUAUUUGAAAGUUUUAAUUUUAAACAAUUUCAUUGUUGUCCAGUUUUUAUAAAUGUGAUUACCUGGGUUCUGGUUAAUGAUAUUUAAUCACUUUAUGCAAUAUCUGUAUAAGACAUAAUAUGACAUUCAGUUCACAGCUUGUAAAACAUCAUAUAAACAAGAAUUGUUAUCUGUA